AUAUACAAGGCUAUUGCAAAAUCAUUAAGGCACCUACAUUUCAAGAGGAUGCCGUUGACACCUUCUUGUGCUGCAUGAUGGAAAAUGAUUUGCUCUGUCCUCAUCACUGUCGUAAAAAAUAUAAGGAGCAGCAAAAUGAACUGGACAGCACUUCAAGUCGAUAA